AUGAUGCUGGAAAAACGGCAACGAGUUAUGCUCAUAUUAUGCUUGAUAUUCUUCUUAUGGCAUAUGGGUACACAAUGGACAACAACCCUGUUGUCAUUUCUUCAAUGGGAUACUACUGAAGUAAUGACAAUCGUCGAUUUGGGAUAUAUUCAAGCUUUUGGAAGUGUAUGCAAUGCUAUUGGGGCGUUGGCUUUCGGACAGAUGGCUGAUACAGCCGGACCAAAAGCAAUGUUUAUGUUAUCGUGCAUUUUUACGGCUAUCUAUUAUUCGGGAAUUUCUAUUGCAAAAUCAUGGUAUGGAUUCUUUUUCCUACAGAUGUUACGCUUCGGAUAUCAAUUGGAUAGUACCGCAGAGAUGUAUUUGGCUACUGUAACAACGGAAAGGGAACGGACAGCGGCAUUGAUGAGGCUCACCGUUCCACAGGCAGCGGCCAUGUUCUUUGGUCCAAUCGUUGGCUCGAAGGUGGCCGCCUAUACUUCACUGAGGACUUCACAAUUCAUUUGUGGUUGUGCUCUGAUGGCCACAUUGAUGCCUGUUGUGAUUUUCUUGCUACCAACGACUCAUUCCAUUCCACGAUUGGCCACAGCCCGUCUUCGUCCACAAGAUUACUGGCCAAUGAUCACAAAGAACACUGCACUUAAAGAAGGACUGAUUAUUCGAGCUAUAAUCAUCGCAUCGUAUGUCUGCUACGAGAUGAUCUCGAGGAAUUUCCUUCUUCGAUCCUACAUGAAGGACACCAACGACUCAGCUGUUGUGCUGCUCGUUAUGGCCGUUGCCCUGCUCGGUGUCCAGUUUAUUGUAUUGCCUAUUAUUCAAAAACGAGCCUCUCCAAGGACAUUACUGCAAAUCGCCAUGGGCACAUUGAUCAUCUGCUAUUUCGUCGUCUCUUUUACCACUUCAUUUGAACAAGUGCUUGUCAUUACUGCCAUUCAAACUGGAGCAUAUGCAGUCGCUUACGCUGAGUCAAGUACUCAAAUAACGAGGUCAGUAAUCCCCUUCUUUCAUUCGCCGAACUUUUUUUAUUCUGUUCAAACUUAA